AUGAGGAUGGUCUCUUUGGAGGUGGCGCUGAUGCUAAAACUCCAACCAGCAGCAGAAGAAACCAGUACAGCGGUGACCCUGCUGGACUGGUACGAUUUAGACCUGGAGCUGAUUCUUGUCCUAGAGAGACCAGUCCCCUGCAUGGACCUUAUCGACUACAGCAACUCAAUAGGUUAUCACCUGCCUGUGGACGAAGCUAAAACCAUAGUAAAACAGCUGGUGGAUGCUCUCAUUGAAGUCCACUCCAAAGGGGUCUUCCACAGGGACAUCAAGCUAGACAACAUUCUCAUUGAGACCGACACUGAUGUCCCACGUGUCCGGCUCAUUGACUUUGGCUGUGGCACUUUUCUGUCAGAGGGGACGUACAGUACAGUGCAAGGAACCGUUGCCUACAUCUGUCCUGAGUGGUUCCUGUAUAGGUGCUACAGGGCUGAACCCUCUACGGUGUGGCAGCUUGGUGUAGUGCUGUUUGUGUUGCUGCAGGGACAGUACCCCUUCAGUGGCAAGGAGGAAAUCAGCUUUGAAGACCCUGAUGUCAGUGGAUAUUUUUCCUCAGAAUGCAAAGCUUUUCUUCUGAGCUGCCUGGAAAAGAGCCCAGAGGACAGACCCACCCUGGAGGAACUGAAGCACCACCCCUGGCUGAUAUAA